UGGUGCCCCAGAAACCCCAGCGGGCAGUGUGCCAAAAUGGCGUCCUCGACACGUACGUACAAUUUGUUGUUAUUUUUUAAUCGUCCAAAACAACAAAUAUUUUAGUUUGAAUACCUAGAAAAUCUUCUUAAUUCUUAAUCUUGUCAUAAAUUAACUAUGGAUGGAGGAUAUAACAGCGAGGAGUUCUGCAAAGGUCAGUAAAAACGCUUGCAAAUCGACGCUUCGGAAUUCGAAUCAUUGUACCUUUAAAGAUCGUGUAAACACGCAUUUGGAAUACGAACAUUUCAACAUUUGUGCUGAGCUUUUCUCGAAUUUCAAUUGCCUCAAGCUUACUGUAGUGUUUUACAUAGAAAAGCUGCAUCUUGGAUGGCUUUUGCAUGAUUUUAAAAGUGUUUUAUGAGUGUUUUGGUGAUUUAUUUUGACAGGAAAAUCCGAGAGCAAAUUGAAUUACAAACGGGGAAAACCUCCGGAUAAACGACGCCAUCAGCUGGAAAUGAGUCACUACACAGAAUUAAUUCAAAAGAAGGAAGCUUUGUUCGUAUCCUUUGCGUCAUAUUUGUACAGAUAUAUUAGUUCUGUACUGUGUAAUGUAAUUUCUGGGCGACGAUUUUGCAUUUUUCAUAUUUUUUUACAGCGUGUCAUGACUAAUUAUAGUUGGUGUUUAAUUUGAUUUCCCAUGGUGAUUUAUUGUUUUUAAGAUCAUAAUAAUGUUUGAUAAGGUUAUCAAUGUCAUCAUGGUAGGUAGAUAGAGUUUUGAAUUCUUGAAUUGCUUAGCAGCUUUGAAUGCAACCAGGGGUUAUUGAACUUUUUAGUCGAAGUCAAAAAUUUGAUGUUUUGACUUUGAUUUAAAGAAUAAUAUAUUAUGGUUUUAUAAACUGAUAACUUGGUUAGUGAUACGAUCUGUUUGAAAAAACUAGAAUUAGUUGGAAAAUGAAAACUGUCUAUGACCUUCAUAGAUUUUGGAUGUCAAUUUCUGCCAUCUUGGCUUCAAUAAAGGUCCAUUUCCUCUCAAGCAAAUUUUCCACGGACAGAGAACAUUUUUUGAAAAUAUCAUUGUUAAAAGUUGAAAUUUUCAGCUUCAAAAUUUUUUUCCAAAGGAAAAUUUGUGUCGGCUGAUCACAUUUUACAAAUUUUCACUCCCGCGGAAAAUUUUCUUGGCCAGGCGAUUGUGCUAUUCUUGAAGCUUGAUGACUGCAUUUCUUGCGUUUUCUGAAGCAAAUUUGUAAAAGAAUUGCACUAACAUUUCUGACAAAAUUUCGCUAUUUUGCCAAGGCAAUCCUUUAAAUUGAAAGGGCACCUUUUCCCCCCUUACCCCUCCUGGUAAAGGGCAACUGGGGUGGCUGCCCCUCUUGCCCCCCAGUUCCGGCGGCCCUGGACGUCAUAAUGUCAGUCGACCGAAGGUUUGACUUUUUAACGAUAAUUUCCAGCGUAACGUGUUACUACAACCAAAGUUUGUUAAAACUGUUCGUGGCAAAAUAUUGCAUUAAAACGCGACGUGUAUCAACGCACAAUGUAUGUAAUUUUGAAUGUGCAUAUUUUCUCAACAAUUGGUUUAAUUUACACAAUCAGAAAUACAGAUAUUUUACUGAUUCCGAUUGUCUACCGAUAAGGCAAAAAUCAGCCUGAUGCUGAUACCAAUUAUUGGUCCGUCACUACUUGGCUUCUCUUUAUUGUACUUCAGAUAUAAGAGCUUAUACUGGGUCUAACCCCGAUUUCAUAAUGAAAACAUUAUCAUGACAAAAAGCGCUGUCCGAAAACCAAAUUGGUGUCUAAAAGACCAGUACAUGGGCAGCUGGUUUGCUAAAAUGAUAUUGCUUAACUUAUUCAAAAGAAAUCUUUAUAUGGUCCGAAAUCAAGAAAAUCCACGUCAUCUGUCCAUGGCAGUCGUGAUGAGCUGUUGGCAAAACUUCGGGUUUUGAAAAAUGAGAAAGAAGAGAAAUUGAAGCAGAAACAAGUGAUCGAUGCUGAGAUAAAGACUUUGAACCAACAAGUUGUCAAGAAAGUAAGUUGGAUCUUCUUGAGUGUGGAUUUCACAGGGUUUCAAUGGUUGAUCAAAAUCAAAAUGGCGGCGAGUAGUGUUGCGUUUGCCGAAUAUGCAUGUGUAUUCGCCUAAUAUUGAAAGCUGAUUGCCUUUCCUGUGGACAUCCAGGACACCACGCCAGGCUUCUUUGUUGUAACGUACUGUAUCUAAAAGAUUAUAGUAACUCAGUGAUGCAAAUAUUAUAUAAAAAAAUAUUUUGCAUCGUGUGUUUUCUUUUGCAGAAUGAGACAUGCAUGAAGCUACAGGCGAAUGUGAAAUACAAAGAUGAACAAAGAACUAACAAUGCAAUCAAGUAUGUAUGUUAUCAAAGUAUUGUGCAUUAGGGCACAAUAGGGCAACUUAAUUAUUAUAUUUGAAAUUGAACCUCUUUUAUAUCUCACUAGAAAUUUGGAGAGACAUUUGAAUACACAUCAGCUAAAGCUUAGUGAAGAGAAGAAAUUAGUGAGUGAAAUUGAUGCUUUGAAAAGAUCAAAGAAAACAUUGAAGUGAGUGUUCCUAUGAGAUGAGUAUAAGACUUUUCUAACAAUCACAAAGAUAUCGAUGAAUAUUUCUAAUUGCAUAGUUUGGAAAGGGGCGCCGCCCUAUCUUCUCUUUUUAAAUUUGCCCCUGCCCCCUUUUUACCAAUAUCCCUCUUUUUCAAAACUUCCCCCCCCCCACUCCCCCCUUUAUGACAACCUUUUGAAAGAGCAACAUUUCACAGGUUAAUUUAAGGCUUGCAAAUGGCAUGGAAUUAUUAAUGCUUAUUGUAUGUAUUAUCCAAAUCCCCCCUGAAAUUUGGUAGUUGAUUUUAUCCACUUUGAAAAGACAUCUUACUCAGCAAUCUUCACACCCCCCUCUUUUAACCAACCCACCUCUUUUCACCAACCCACCUCUUUUCACCAACCCACCUCUUUUCAGUAACCCCCCACAUUAUUACACAAAGUUUUCCAUUCGCCCCCUUUUGAGUUGGUUUACCCCCCCCCAUGCCCCCUUGAUGAAGGGGAAGAGAACUAUGAAUUGUAUAUAUGUAAGGUCUACUUCAAUAUUGUUCUUUUUCUGUAGUGAAUAUUUAAGUGCGAAACAAGAGGUUGAUCAGUUAAGACAACGACAAAGUAGAUUACGAAAUGAGAGGGAUGUAAGUAUGGCAAAAUAUUGUGAAUUAAAUUUCUUAGUUUGCUAUAUGUUCAUAAUCUUAAUAUGCCUCAUUGUGAAACUCGUUCAUAAUUCAUGAAUAAAAUACAAAAGAAAUCAUGAGCGUGAAGGAGUGUGUAUAUCUGAUACAAAAUCAUGCUGAUUCACAUAAACUUUAAGUUCAAUUUUCUCACAAAAUAUUAUUCAUUUAUUUUAUAUUGUUGAAGAAUACGAAUAUUCUCAUCAAGACGUUUCACAAGCCAUUUACAACAUUCUUGUCCGUGUUGUAAACAAAGUUUAUUUAGUAAUUUCUUAUUAAAUCCAUAAAUGUUUUCCAGAUUUUGAUUCGGGAAACUCAUGACAUCAAAGCGAGGGAAAAUGACGUGAAAGUAUCCCUUGAUUCGUUGAAAGAAGAAAAUAUGGAGAAAGGCAGUGAAGAAACGAAACCUGUCAUUGACAGGGAGGUUUUGAAGAAAGGUAACCAACAAUGUUUUGAAAAUGUUUAGAGGUUGUCAAGUCUGUAACAAGUCGUGAUAUUUCAAAUUUUUUCGAUAUCUUGUAAAAUUUGAUAGGUGGUUUUUUCAGUGUUAUAUUAAAUUGCUGUAGACUUUGAUUUUGUUCCAGUAAACGGAAUUUUACGUAUUAAUAUUUUUUAUUUCACUGCAUCUUUCCCCAGAAAUUGAUAGUUUAUACGAGCAACGUCGUGAACUUCAUGAAUGUCACAAACAAGCGCUAGCAAAUUAUCGCGAAGAGCAGAAACAGAUUGAAAAAGAAAGGCAACAGAUGAAAGCAGAACAGAGACGAAAUGAGACAAGGUUGACGAAAAUCACAGCUGAGAGAGCAAGGUUAGCUAGAUCGUGUUAAUAAUAUCGUUGUUCUGUGUUUGAAUAUUUACUAGACCAUAGGCUUAGUAAAAAAUAUUUUAAUAAUUACGUUUCGGAGACUAUAACUUAUUUACUCCAUCUUCAGGUUAAAAGUGAGAUUUUGUCUAAAUUUAUAAGUGUUUUUAACAAACUCAUGAGGGAAGUAAAUUCAUGAGGGAAAUACAAAAGAAAUGAAUGUUUAAUCAAUGUUUGUAAAUCGGAUAAAGAUUUGUCCUGAUUUACAUAAACUUCAGCUUUGAUUUUUUCCGCUUAGACAAUGUUUAUUUUUAAAAUUACUUCGCCAAUAAACUCAUAAGAUGGGUCGUUUUUUAAGCAUCCGAUCCGAUAUAUCAGAUAAAGAUCGGAUGCUCAUGUUUUAACUUACUAGUACUUAAAGUUGUUUUUUUAUAUCUUUAGUCACUUUUAACUUGAAGAUGGAGUUAUACUGCGAAACGUAGUUAUUAAAUUUUGUUUUUACUAAGCCUAUGGUCUAAUUAUUCAAACACAGAAUUACUAAAAUGCGGCUUAGAGAAAGUUCCGUCAUACAAGAAUAUCGUUGUUGUUGUUAACACUCGUGCGACUGAAAAAUAUGUCGAGGAUUUUUAUGCUUUAAUUCUUUUGGAGAGUUACUGCAGUAUAAGCGACAUGAGGAUUUUGGGUGUCUUCCUCGACAAAAUUAAAUUUUCUAAGUGGAAAUUCUGAGUGUAUAUUUUUAUUCAAUCACUGAGAAAUUAUUUUGUGAAUAUGCAAUAGUGCUCAUAGAUGUUAGUGUGUUUCAAUUUGUGCAAUUUUAUCUUGCUAGACAAGACAAACGACACAUGCCGACACACAAACCUCAUGAAGGAGAAAAUGUGUCUGUCUGUGUUUGUCUUAUUCAAUAUUUGGAACCGUUGAUUGUGCAAUGUUCAUGUGACGAUGAAGUUGAUGGAAGGAAGUCUCCAAGAUAUCUUGACGGUAAGUUGGAAAUGGUACUGAGGUUUAAAUGUGUGGUGUGGUUAAUAAGUUAACUAUGAGCAAAUUAACAUCAUCAUUAUCAUCAUGAUCAUCGUGAUUAUCGUGAUCAUCAUCGUCGUGAUCAUCAUUAUCGGCAUCAUCAUUAUCACGCCAUCGUGCAUCAUCAUCACCAUUCUUUUCAUUUUUUACUGGGCGACUAUGAAACACUGUGUUUUACUUUGUAGUACCAAAAUGUGACGCAAUUAUACCAGAAGAAGGAUCAUUCGCAAUGAAGCCCGAUGAUAAUCUUGGUGGACUGUUCGUUCCAUCAAACCGCAGGAUGACCAGAAAGGGAAGUAGAAAAGGACGGAAAUCUAAAGAUUUUUCACAGGUAAAACUAGAUUCUAGAAUUGUAUAAAUAUUCAUAGAAAUGUUGGGUAGUAUUGGAAAUAUUGGUCAUAUAAUAAUAUAAUGUUCACAUUGUAUAUCAAUAAUAAAAAUGUUCAUUUUUAAAUAAUUAUCAUACUUUCAAUAUAAUGCAUAUGUAUUUUUUUCCAGAAACUUGUUUUGCAUCCUCAUGUAUUUGAGCAGUUCCUCAAAUUAAAUCUUGAGCCGCCAUCGACUUAUGCUGAUAUCAUCGGAAUUUUGGAGAAACUUAGAGAGAAAAAGGUAUGUUUCAAGCAGCUAUUUCCCGCCACUAACCAAGAUAUGAUAAAAAUGCGAUUUUUAUCAGAUUUCCUCUCAGUCAUCAGUCAAUUAGCAUUUCUCACGCCUCCAUUUUUGGGUGGCAUUUCAGCCGAAAUCUGCGAGAUAAGUCGACAUAACAGCGACUUUUUAUAAUUUUUUGGACGAAUGAUGGUAAAUUUGCUUUAUAAAUGAUUAGUUUAUUUUGAAAAAUUGCUUUUCACAUUGUUUUUAAUUGUCCGCAUUGCUGAACGAGAAUUAGAUGCCACCCAAAAAUGGCGGAUAUUCGUCAUCGUGAGAAAGGCUAAUUAUCUUAUUCGUGUUUUUGUUCAUUUUCCCGACUGAUUUGAAUCUCUAGGAUUUUUCAGAGAAACCUCCAGAUAACCUUUUCUUUUUCUAGGAUUUCUACGAGAGAGAAUCGAGUAAAUCCAAUCAACCGCCGCUUGCGGUAAAUUCAGAAAAUUUGACCUCAAAAGCAACUGAGAAAAAAGAUGUCCGGCUCGACGAUGGUCUGCCUUCUCAAAAUAUCAGAGAGCAAACUGCUAACGAAGCGACAAAAGUGCAGGACGGUAUGGAGGAUAGUAAACAUGGAAUCGUUGAAGUCGAGCACGAAAUUGCAAAGAUCGAGCACGAAGUGGAUGAAGUUCAACACCAAGCUGUGAAGGACGAGCACGAAACAGAACAAACUAAGCAAACCGAACCCGAAGUCGACCAACCUCUGCACGAAGCGGAGCAAGCUGAACACGAAACGGAGCAAACUGAGCACGAUUCUGACCAAACUCAGCACGAAAGUGAGCACGCUGAGCACGAAAAUGAACUGAAAGAACACGAAGUGAUCAAGAAUUUGGACGAGAAGGAGAAACUCGUGCACAAAGAUGUUGACGACAAAGAGAUGGAUGUUUUCAAGAAUGAACGAAGUUGUUGUAAAGGUGAAGAAAUUGCUGCAGAGAAUAUGCUAAAUAAGACAGAAGGGAAAGAAAUUAAUGAACUCUCGUGUAAUGAAGACAGUAAUAAAGACGUACUGAACAGUUUAAAACGUUCUUCAAUCAUCACAGAUACUUUGGAGAAAGGCAUGGACAGUAUUCAUAUCAAGGAAUCUUCACCGGAAAUUCAAGUCCGUGUCACGUGACACACCAAUGACAUUUUGGAUAAUUUAAUGUCGAAGCUGCAGGGUCGGCUUUUAACUGGAAUUUAUGCUACCAAAUCUCAUUUGCAUUAGGCCAAAAAAAUGUGGGUUUCCUAUUUCUUCUUAUAAAAACUUAGGUAGGGUAGGUCGGUUUUAACUUUUUUUUAAAACUUUUUUAAAGACAACCGGACGCCAUUUUGUUUAGUCAGUGCUUCCACAUCCAAAGAUAAAUUUCUCUAAUAUUUCCUCAAAUUUCAAUUUUCCACAAAUGUUUUCCUUUAAGUGGAAACACUUACAAGCAUGAUGCAAUAAAAAAGUUUAGGGUCGGGAUUUCGACGUCCAAAAGCUAGGUAGGGUCGGGAAACCGGAAACCCACAUAUUUUUUUUUGCCUUAUGAGAAAAUCUUAUUGUUUUUUCUCAUUAUGCAAAUGACUUAGGGCUCGAAUUAACGCGGCCUACAAAUGACAGAUCGUCAUGCGAAAAAGCAAUUUUGAAAUCCAUUGUAGGCCAGAAAAAAUUCUUAAUUCGCACCCUGAUUUACCUAGGGUGGCGAGUAGUAAUUCGCACCCUGAUUUACCUAGGGUAGGUUCUUUGGAAUUAGUUUUAGUCUUUGUAGAAUAUAUAGUCGAGUAUAUAAAGUUUUUUAUUUGUGCUUUCUAAAAGAGGCUGUGCCACUUUUGCGAAAUAAGCUGUUUGUGUUCUUUUUUAUACAGUUGAGUUCAUUUCUAUGAUUUAGUUUUUUACACUCGAACGAAAUCAUCAAUGUCGGAGUUUUUAAUGGAGAAUACAGCUAUUGGUUUAAAUAAGGUCAUAUCAUUAUAUGUCGUACAACAAAUGUAAUAGUAUAGCCGUGGCUGGAGCCAGCGGAUGUGGUGCAGAGCACUGUGAGAAUGAAAUAUUUACGAAUUGUAUUAUGUAAAAGGCAGUUUGUAAGGUGCAAUAAACUGAAUAAACUGUAAUUUUGAAUUUUUCAUUUUGUCCGUCUUCGGCAUAACCAUUCAACUUGGAUGUUUAUACCGUUGAACGUCUUGCAUGCUGUUGAAUGUCUUCAACUUGGAUAGUUAUGCCGUUGAAUGUCUUCGGCAUAACCAUUCAACUAGGAAGACAGUUGAAUGUCUUCGGCAUAUAAUUGAGCGGUUCAGAUUUGACUUCCACUACCACUCACUGGCUCAGUACCCAUCUGAUUGGUUAAUUGGGCAGGUUAAAUGCAUCUGAUUGGUUAAUUGUUGUGGUGGUGAAAUCUGCACCAUUCUAAUGGAGAAACUGAUGUUGAUGAAGAGCGAAG